AUGGAUGAAAUGGUGCAGGACGUAAAUAUGCUACUUAACAAACCAGAGGAAGCUGUUCGUGUUUUAUUAGGCAAUGUAGAUGAAGCGGGUACUGCUUUAUCUAUGGUCCCAAUUAUACAAGCUGGAUUCUUAGCACGAGGUGAUCCUUAUAUUAAAAACCUCUUAAACUUAUUCCGUGUUAAUGUAUUAAAGGAUCUAAAAAAGAAGGCAAAAAUCAUUGUUCCGAAAGGUGCAUAUCUUUUAGGUGUUAUGGAUGAAACAAAUACCUUAAAAGAAGGUGAGGUAUUUGUACAAAUAUACGAUACAUCAAAUAAUGGUGUAAAUAGACAAGUUAUUACUGGUGAUGUAGUUGUCUUUAGAAAUCCUUGUUUUCAUCCUGGUGAUGUACGCGUUGUAAAGGCUGUAGAUAAAGAAAAUUUACGUCAUUUAGUAAAUGUGAUUGCAUUCCCAUCACAGGGUUAUAGAGAUAUACCUAGCAUGUGUUCUGGUGGCGAUUUGGAUGGCGAUGAUUAUACUAUCUAUUGGGAUCCAAGAUUAUUACCCCCUACGACUUUUACACCUAUGGAAUAUAAAGCUGCUCCUCCACAAACAAUUGAUGAAGUUAAAAUUCGUGACAUUAUCAAAUUUUUUGUUAAUUAUAUAAGUAAUGAUAACUUGGGAUCAAUUGCAAAUGCACAUUUAGCAACUGCAGAUAUCAGUCCACAUGGGGCAAGAGACGGGAAGUGUAUGUUAUUGGCGCAGCUUCACUCAGAUGCAGUAGAUUUCCCGAAAUCAGGAAGACCUGCAAAAUUUACCCCAGAUCUUAGAGUACAUAUGUUCCCAGAUUUUAUGCAAAAAAAAGAUAAGCCUUCUUAUCAGUCUAAAAAAGUGUUAGGUCGUAUUUUUCGUGCUAUUGAUAAAUCAGAUUAUAAAAACUAUAAAUCAACGUUGGUAGCAGAGACUGUUUAUGAUACUCGAUUACGACUACCAGAGAUGGAAAUGUAUAUAGCCGAAGCACGACAAUUUCGUUUACAAUAUAAUCGAGAUUUGCAAGCUCUAAUGAACCAAUUUGGUGUGCAAACCGAAGCAGAACUAUGCUCAGGCUUUAUCAUUAAAUGGGCUAAUAGUAGAGGUCGAAAAAAAUCAGACUAUGAGCAUCAUCAAUAUACAAUGAAAGCUGUAAAAUCGCUCAAAGCUACAUGGAAAAAGCGUUUUGAAGAAGAAUUUUAUGAUUCUAAUAAAGCCAUAGAUAUUACAAAACGAAAUUUAUUUGAAGCAAAAGCAGCAGCUUGGUAUUAUGUUGCAUAUCAUCCAAAUGAAAGAAGUCGAGAUAUGUCUAUUGAAGGUGGAUUUUUCAGUUUCCCUUGGUGUAUAUUCGAGUAUUUAUGUGAGAUAGCUAAGCGAGCCAAACAUAAGGAUUUGGAAAUAGACGAAGCGACCCCAAUUUCAGAAGAAAAGAUUACAGAAGGAAAUAUAAAAUUGAUGCAGUUAAGAAGUAAUUCACCUGUUAUCAUGGUUGAUAAUGAUGAAGAAUCUGAAGCUGAGGAUGAAUAUGAAGAAGAAAGUGAAUCAGAAGAAUCUGAUGAUGAAGAAAUUAUUUCCUAUAAUGCUCUCACUAAUAGUCAUUACUACACAAGCAAUACUGCUUCUCGUUCAUCUAAUCAUAAUGAUACAGUGCGUGGUAAUAAUCCAUACGCUAUUGUAAAUUCUGCUAACCGAAGGCCUUUGAAUUCACAACAACCUGUAGUGUCAGCUGAUGCAUCAGAGGCAGAAUUAGUUGCCGCACUUCUAGGUACUAAAGAUCUGUAA